GGCGGCGCGUUUUGGUUGGUUUCUUCCGAAAUCGUUAUUUUUUAAUAAUAGUAAAGGAUUGUAAACAAAGUUCGCGAAGCAGAACAGUAGAUAGCAAAUGAAUAAACAGCGAAAGUUCUGGCUAAAACCAUAAAAUCGUGGAAGUGCAACUGCAAUGGGUGCCACAAAGUGAAAAAUUCCAAGAAUCCUACGUUGCGCCUGUUGCUGCGCUCUCUUUCCCGCACUCUGCAGGUGUGUGCGGGUGUCGUCGCGUCUGUGUGAGCGUCUCAGCUGUGCCUGCGAUAUAUAUUGUUUAUAAAGUUUUUUUUUCGCAGUAUGCAAAUGCUGAACAAGCCGGUCGGUUGAUUUUUCGUAUUUCCUCUCGUCGCCGCGCAAAAACGAAAGUGAUUUGUUGUUGUUUGCCCGCUCUGCGCCCUCCAAUUGGAGAACUGUGAUUUGUUGUUAGUAAAGUGUGUGCGCGUGUUGUUGUUGGUGUUGUUAUGCGGUGGGGUCAUUGCUUCAAAUUGCUCAAUCAACGGCACUUGUGACACUUCUUCCUGUCAAGAUGAUGGGCACCAAGCAUCGGAACUCGCACGUCAAUGGCAGCAUCAAGUCAGCGUCCUCGAUGCGAUCGAGCAGCAAGUCCUUUCAGGCCAAAAUGGAUAAAAUGUCCGAAAGGCUGUUCGACGUCGUGAAAAGCGGCUCGAUGGUCAAGAGGGCCCAGAACAAGAAACGCUUCACCCCCGUAAACUAUAAACAUCGCUGGUUUGAGUUGACCAAGCGCACUUUCUGCUAUUUCGAUGUGGAAAACGUGGAGCGGAGACGCGAACGCGGUCGCAUCCAUUUGAAGGGCGUUCGCCUCGUGGAGGAGGCGACGGUCAGCGGCGAGGGCGGCGAUCCCUUUGCACCGGAUGGUUAUCCGUUCCAAGUGGGCUACUGUGAGAUCUCAUCGUCGGCGAAUUCGCAUCAGUUCGGCUCGGAGAACGGCGGCGGCGGGGGCGGCAUUGUCGAGGGUCAGCAGAGUGGCCGAGCGGUGCCCCAGUACACACUCUACGUGAUCGCCAACAGCGAGAAGGAGCGCACCGAGUGGAUCCGCGCCAUCCGCCAAGUUUGUGAGGAUAGUAACACUCCCAAGUCGUAUCGCUAUCAUCCGGGCUUGUGGUCUGGCAAGAAGUGGAGUUGCUGCAAGGGAUUGUCUCGAAGCACCUUUGGUUGCAGAGCUGCGGCCCAUUGGCGUGAAGCAAAUAAUAAUCCAAGCAACGGCAGUUCUCCAGCCCAGAAUUCAACGCGCAGCAUCAGCCCCAACAGCUCCACGACCAACAGUCAGUUCAGCCUGCAGCACAACAGCUCGGGGAGUCUCGGCGGCGGAGUGGGCGGCGGAUUGGGAGGCGGCGGAAGCCUUGGCCUAGGCGGCGGCGGCGGAGGAGGUGGCGGCAGUUGCACGCCCACAUCGCUGCAGCCUCAGUCCUCGCUGACAACUUUCAAGCAGUCCCCAACUUUAUUGAACGGCAACGGAACUCUAUUGGAUGCCAAUAUGCCUGGCGGUAUACCCACCCCCGGAACUCCGAAUUCCAAAGCCAAGGACAAUUCACACUUUGUCAAAUUGGUGGUGGCCCUCUAUCCAUUUAAGGCCAUCGAAGGCGGCGAUUUGUCGCUGGAGAAGAAUGCCGAAUACGAGGUGAUCGAUGACUCGCAGGAGCACUGGUGGAAGGUCAAAGAUGCCGUAGGGAACGUCGGCUAUAUACCCAGCAACUAUGUCAAGCCGAAGGCGCUGCUGGGCCUGGAGCGCUACGAAUGGUAUGUGGGCGACAUGUCACGCCAGAGGGCCGAGUCCCUGCUCAAGCAGGGCGACAAGGAGGGCUGCUUCGUGGUCCGCAAGUCAUCGACCAAGGGUCUCUACACACUAUCGCUGCAUACCAAAGUUCCACAGUCGCAUGUGAAGCACUACCACAUCAAGCAGAAUGCCCGCUGCGAGUACUACUUGAGCGAGAAGCACUGCUGUGAGACUAUUCCGGAUCUGAUCAACUACCAUCGCCACAACUCCGGCGGCCUGGCGUGCCGGCUCAAAUCGUCGCCCUGCGAUCGCCCCGUUCCACCGACGGCGGGCCUGUCCCACGACAAAUGGGAGAUUCAUCCCAUGGAGCUGAUGCUGAUGGAGGAGCUGGGAUCGGGACAGUUUGGGGUGGUUCGGCGCGGCAAGUGGCGCGGAUCCAUCGACACGGCGGUGAAGAUGAUGAAGGAGGGCACCAUGUCCGAGGACGACUUCAUCGAGGAGGCCAAGGUGAUGACCAAGCUGCAGCAUCCGAAUCUGGUGCAGCUGUAUGGCGUCUGCUCCAAGCACCGACCCAUCUACAUUGUGACCGAGUACAUGAAGCACGGCUCCUUGUUGAACUACUUGCGGCGGCAUGAGAAGACCCUGAUCGGCAACAUGGGGCUGCUGCUGGACAUGUGCAUACAGGUCAGCAAGGGCAUGACCUACCUGGAGCGCCACAACUACAUCCAUCGAGAUCUGGCCGCCCGCAAUUGCCUCGUGGGCUCCGAAAAUGUGGUCAAAGUGGCCGACUUUGGCCUGGCCCGAUAUGUUCUGGACGAUCAGUACACCAGCUCCGGCGGCACCAAGUUCCCCAUCAAGUGGGCGCCGCCCGAGGUGCUCAACUACACGCGCUUCUCCUCCAAGAGCGAUGUGUGGGCUUACGGUGUGCUGAUGUGGGAGAUCUUCACUUGCGGCAAGAUGCCAUAUGGUCGCCUAAAGAACACAGAGGUGGUGGAGCGUGUGCAGCGCGGAAUUAUCCUAGAGAAACCAAAGUCGUGUGCCAAGGAGAUUUAUGAUGUCAUGAAGUUGUGCUGGUCACAUGGACCCGAGGAGCGUCCCGCGUUCCGUGUGCUCAUGGAUCAGCUGGCUCUUGUGGCCCAGACGCUAACCGACUAAGCAGCGGACCAGAUUGCGGCAGCCAUCGCCCGAAAACAACACGCACUGAACAAGAAGCAUCUUAAGAUUAUGAAGAACGUUAAAGGCAUUACAUUUAAGCAGGCCAAGGCGGCGAGGAGAAAGAUAUAUAUUUAGACUUAUACAUACAUGUAUAUGAACCAUAAGAUUUAUGUUUAAGCGCAGGCCAGUUUACCAUUACGGCACCAUAGCCCAUACGAUUAUGGCAUACUUGGAUUGUUUGAUAGAGCUGGAGCUAGAGCCGAGCUGAGCGAAUGAUAUCAUUAUGUUUAUGAACGCGUUAACUGUUGGUCGGUGGGAUGAUACCAAGCGCAACAACUGACAGUCACACACAUAGCAACUAUAUUGAAGGAGAUGAAGAAAGCGGAAAUGCAUUAAAGUAUAGAAAACUGUAGUUAAUAGUCAAAUUUUUGAUACAUUUCACAUACCGAAAGCGAAUUAAGAAAUUAUAACGAUACACACGCAUAUGAUAUGAUAUUUAAAUGUGCUUUUUUAAAUAGCGAGCCACUGUGCUAAGUAAAAUAUGAGUAUCUCUAAAGAACGAUAGAAAGAAAGAAACAAACAAGAAAACUGAUUAAGCAUUAAAUAUUAAAUGUAAGCCUCAAGUCGAAAGCGAAAUGUUUGCACAACUGAUAAGAAGGAUGGAGGAACCGAAGAAGGAUGAUGAAAAGAUCAUAAGUUCGCCAAGGAACAUAAACAAUUUUUAGACUAGAUUUGUACGUGCUUAGUUUAAGUUUUGUGAUUUAUUGUUUAAUUUUUGCAGACGAUUUUUAUUUGUAUUUAAUUUUGAUCUUGCGAUGACUUCUCCCACGCUCAAAGUAUGAAUCAAGUACGAUAUGAAUACGAGAAAUUUACACGAUAUGCUUUAUAUUUUAACUGAAUUCUUUCGUUUUUUUUAAUGCCUAUGCGAGAUAUAAAGAUAUAUAUCUAAACACAUAUUUUACCGUAUUUUUAUGAACGUUUUACUUAAUUAAUUUUAUCAUUUGAUUAAGCAACCGAAAUACAAAAGAGAAAAAGAAAAACCGAAAAUCAAAUAAAAUGUACGAUGAACAUUUA